AUGACUAGCAGAUCGCGCAACAAAAUAAAGGAAUCCAAAACCACAAGCAGUAAUGACAAAGCCACACCAUUAAAGAGUGAUCAUAACCGAGAAAAACCCAGACCAAGGCGAGUGAUUGGAAACUUUACGUUGAUCAAUACUCUAGGAUCUGGCUCAAUGGGAAAAGUCAGAUUGGCAGUACACAAUAUUACUGGAGACAAACUUGCAGUCAAGAUCGUUUCUCGAGUAAUACCCUCAGAAAGACAGAGUUCGUCAGAGAGUAGCAAAAAGAAGAGAGAAAACAGGGAGAUCAGAACCAUUCGAGAGGCCAGCAUUAUGCUACUGUUACACCACCCGCAUAUUGUCAGCCUUAAAGAAAUGGUGGUAUUGGAUCCAUACUACUAUCUGUUUAUGGAGUAUGUAAAUGGUGGUCAAUUACUAGACUACAUCAUCUCUCACAGAAAGUUAAAGGAAAAACAGGCCCGUAGUUUUGCACGACAAAUUGCCAGUGCAUUAGACUAUUGUCAUCGUAACUCUAUUGUUCACAGAGAUUUAAAAAUCGAAAAUAUCCUCAUCUCCCAAUCUGGCCAGAUCAAAAUCAUCGAUUUUGGUCUCUCGAACCUCUUUUCUCCCCGUUCACACCUCUCAACAUUCUGUGGAUCACUAUACUUUGCCGCACCCGAGUUAUUGAAUGCACGAUCGUACACUGGACCAGAAGUCGAUGUCUGGAGUUUUGGUGUGGUGCUUUAUGUUCUGGUGUGUGGAAAGGUACCUUUUGAUGACCAGAAUAUGCCAAUACUUCAUGAAAAAAUCAAACGAGGUGUAGUAGACUAUCCAUCUCAUUUAAGUUCAGAAUGCAAGAAUGUGCUGACACGCAUGCUGGUGACAAAUCCGGCCCACAGAGCAACGAUGUCUGAGAUAAUCGUGCAUCCUUGGAUGAACAAAGGGUAUGAUGGUCCGGUCGACAACCACCUUCCAGAACGUGUUCCCUUGACUCUUCCGGUCGAUCCAGAGGUGAUCCGCGGCAUGACAGGUUUCGAGUUUGGAACAGAGACCGAGAUAAAAGAACAGCUGGAAGCAAUCAUAACGUCUGAAGAGUAUCAAAAGGCUGCAAAGAUACUAGCUGAACGAUGCGCUGAAGCUAAUCGAAUUCAUUAUCAUUCUCGCUUUGCACACCCUACUCUGGGCAGCCGAAAGUCAUUCUCGCUCUCAAACAACGAUCCGCAGUCAGUCCCAUCUGCUUACCACCCACUUGUCUCGAUAUACUACCUUGUAAAAGAACGCAUAGAGAGAGAGAAGAGGGUAGCAGAAGCACCGGAUGAAAAAAGCUCUGUUGGUAGCACACUUUCAUCAGACGAUGUACCUCUCGGUUCACGACUACCGGAUAUAUCAGUCCCAGAAUCUUCUUACAUUGCUAAGAAUUCUCUAGAGCCAUCAAUAUUCGUCGACCCUCAUGAAAACCCACUCGAACUUCGAGACACGCACCACGGUGGAGCAUCUACUGGGGUUGCAUAUAAUCACCGAGGAAAAGCUAAUAUCCGGGUGGAUGACGAGGGUCACAUUGUGGAAACCGAUCGACCCAACUUACUCAACCACAGCCUCACUCGAUUCUUUAGUCGGUCAUCCACCCGCAACUCAGAACACACUGCACGCACUAAUGAAGACGACGAUGAAUCAAAGAGAUCAAGUGCUGUACGCGAUGCAAGUGUCUUUAGACGUCUAAGCCAGGUUCUUUCUCGUGUACCUCAGCAUGAGACGACGCCCAAACCACGCGAAGACGCUCGACGCAAAUCUAGCCGGCAGCGUAACCAGAGUGCAGACUAUUCUACUGACAGUGCACCCAUUCCUAUCCCUUCCAAAUCUGACAAUCGGUGGGGCUCAGCCGACGAGAAUAUCCGGCCUGUAUUUAUCAAGGGCUUGUUUUCUGUCACCACUACUUCUACAAAACACCCGUCUGUGAUUAGAGCAGAUCUUAUCCGGGUAUUGGAGCGUAUUGGAGUCAAAUGGCGGGAAGGAAGAGGACGGUUUGAGUGUGUACAUAUACCGAGUAUCGACAUGAAAAGAGUGGUGAAGCCUGAAGACGAAGAAGAUGAUUUGGACCCAAACAAUAAUAAUUCUUAUGACUCGGAGGAUCUUUCAUCAGCGUCGUCGUCCUCAUCGCCUUCAGAGGGAGCUUCUUCUGCAUCUGUACCUGACCUGGUUGUACGAUUUGAAAUCUACAUUGUCAAGGUACCUUGGUUGCUGGGUAUGCAUGGUCUACAGUUCAGAAGGGUCAGUGGCGACCCAUGGCAGUAUAAGAACAUGUGUAGUCGUAUUUUGGCCGAGUUGAAGUUGUAA